AUGUUCAAUCGAACUAAGGUCGGCAAAUAUCAUCUAUUGGUCUGUGGAGCUACACCUUGUAUGAUACGUGGUUCACGAGGUAUCGAAGAAGCAUUAUUGAAACACUUAGGAGUGAAACGAAAUGAAGUAACGCAAGAUGGUUUCUUUUCUGUUGGUGAAAUGGAAUGCAUGGGAUGUUGUGUGAAUGCUCCAAUGAUUACAGUGGCUGAUUACUCUAAUGGAUCAGAAGGAUAUACUUACAAUUAUUUUGAAGAUGUAACCCCAGAGAAAGUAAUUGAGAUAGUUGAAAAGCUGAGAAAGGGCGAGAAGCCACCGCAUGGCACACAAAAUCCACAGCGGAUUAGGAGUGGACCUGAAGGGGGGAAUACUACAUUGUUAGGUGAGCCCAAACCUCCUCCAUGCCGUGACCUGGAUGCCUGCUGAUGAGUGUGUGAUACAUUUUGUCUUCAAUAAU